AUGGAUUGCCUCAACAUGGGGCCGUAUCAGCGUCUUUAUCAAUUUGAAAAUAUUGCGGAAGAUGUUUUUCUCGUCGGAUACAUUGUAAACCACAAUGGAAAAAUGGUGGAGUUAAUGUUUUACUUCAAAGAUGAUGACUGUUCAUUACCUUACCCUGUAACGACACGUACCCUCACGUCUCGCAGUGAACGUGAAUGCGCAGCCCUGUUCAGUGAUGAGGUAGCAAUCCAGCAAAAAUAUCUGAACCACGAAUUAGAUAAAUCUUUAGAAACUGAAGUACCGAUUUGGAAAAUGAAAAAAAUUGUUCGCGAGGUAAAUUCACUUUUGGACAAAAGAGACGCGAAUAUAACAGAAGAUUUACUGCUUAAACUCGACAAGUUGGGUUCAAAGGUUGAACUUAAGGAGGAAGUAUCAACAAGUACUAUAACUGAUAAUGUUGCUAUUGUAAUUUCCAACCCUGCACUUGAUCGACCGAGAGGCAUAAGGAUCGCGGCAGAAAAGAAUGAUACGUUUAGAGAAGACAGUUUCAGUUACAUAUCAGGCAGUAAUUACAGUCAAUAUUUGAACUCUAACGUGAGCAGCACAGUUGUAUUAUUGCCACCGUCUGCCAUAGACUCACCGAGCCGUAUUAGCUUUGUCGUCUUUCGUGAUAAUCGUGUAUUUCGUGAUUUAGCUGGUGAUGUUGUGGUCAAUAGUCGAAUUGUAAGCGUCAACAUUUACAACUAUACAAAUUUUGACGAGGGAGAGGCCGAGAGAUUUUCUAAACGAUAUAUAGUAUUGUUAGAAUUACCUCGCUGA